GGCCGGAAGCACGUGUGGUUCGCGUGGUAUCGUUAGUCGGUCCUGGAGAAGAUGACGUCCUCAGAUCUGGAUCAGACACCUCGGACUCUGCUGGUCUCUGAGAGCUCCAGCUUCCUGGACCCGAAGAACCGAGUCAGCGCACAGGUGGAGCAGCUGCGCUUCAACCACCAGGUGUCUGUGCUGCUUCCUGAGUGUAGCUCCGCCCCCUCUCACCUGGAUUCCGUGUUGAACAGCUUCAGCAGCUUCUACCUAAUCAGGAAGCUGCCGGUGUAUGAGCUGCUGGACCGACACUUCCUGGAGGCGGCCGUGUACCACGGUGCAGUAUAUGGUCUCUCCUACCGGACUCGGAUAGAUGAAGAUAACUCCAUCGCUCUGACCCCAAAUGGUCACCUGACUCUCUCUCUGGAUAAAGACUCAUUUGAGCUGUUGGGCUUUGAAGGGAAACCGUCCAGAUUCAACCACAGAACCGCCACCAGAUUCGUGGUAUCAGUGGACCUGACUGACAGUAGCAUGGCUCCUGGUGGGCGGGACUACCUGAGGCUCCUCACAGGUCUUACAUCCCGCCUUCAGCUGCAGACCGACUUCCUGUUAUCACAUCAUCCAGGGAGCGGGGCCUCUCUGCAAUCCCUCCUGUCUCGAUAUGAUUGGUCGGAGCACAGACCGGAGGUUAGCUGCCGUGUUCUGAGUGACCUGUCCUGCCCCGCCCUCCGCUCAUGUGACCCACACAGCUUGCUGGAGUGGCUGGGAGCCGUGGAUGCUGGCGUCAGCUGUGAGAACUCGUCCAGCAGCUUCCUGUCAUCGUUCACCUGUCCCGACCCGAAGACGACGCUUCGCCACGCUCUGAGCGUGUCUGUGAGAGGUCUGCUGCUGCCACACGACAUCCACCAGCUGCUGCAGGAGCUCAGGUGUUACCUGGAGCAGCCUCGGCUGGAGUCCUGGGUCUCCAUGACGGUUCAUGGAUUUGUUGACAGUCCAGUAUCUUGGGGGGACCGCGAGCACGGCUUCUUGAGGGGUGGAGAGAACUUCUACACGCUGAUGAUGUUUCACGACCACACCUACCAGCUCCACCUAGCCACGGGAGCGCACGAUGCCUGCCCGCCCUGACGCAGCUGUGUACCUGUCUGCGGGCAGCAUUUCCUCCACUGUGAUUGGUUUCGUUGUAGAAACAUUUUGAUAAACAAACUUUGGUUUAAAAAAAAUCAGAUUCAGCUUCGCAACUGAGCUGAGUGAGGCCAUGCCCACUGUGCAUUAGCAUGACCCCUGUGGGACGCCGAGCCUCAGACUGAGAAA